CCAGGGCCAAGCUGCCUGGCUGCUGACUCAGGCCCCGCUGGCCAGCUCAGCAUUCCUGCCCUCCCCACUGAAUUGGGGCUAUUGAAGCUCUUUGUAGGGGGGUUAGGCCACUGGUCACGCCCCCAACCAGAGCCUUCGCUGGGCUGAGGGCUCUGCUCUUGGGGGGGGCGCACAGGCCCUGGGGGGCUCAGUCUGACAGUGCUCUGGCCACCAGCUGCUACUCUGGGGGUGUCUGGGACCGAGGACAAUCCUGGCCAGGAUCUGCCCCCCAAGCCCUGGCUGCAUGGGCCUACACCUGGCACAUGUGCUUUCUCGGGUAUGGGGGAGAGCCGGGUGCCAUGAAGCCAGUGCGGGCUGUCACUCUUUGGUGGGUGCUACUGCUGGUGUCCAGGCUGGGGGCCACCAGGAGGGAAUCCCUGGAAGAGGCCUCCUUCUACUAUGGAACCUUCCCACUUGGCUUCUCCUGGGGCGUGGGCAGUUCCGCCUUCCAGACUGAGGGCGCCUGGGACCAGGACGGGAAAGGGCCCAGCAUCUGGGACACCUUCACGCACAGCGGGAAAGGGAAUGUAUUUGGGGAGGAGACUGCAGACGUGGCCUGUAACGGCUACUACAAGGUCCAGGAGGAUGUUGCUCUGCUGAGGGAGCUGCACGUCAGCCACUACCGGUUCUCCCUGUCCUGGCCCCGGCUCCUGCCCACGGGUGUGCGAGCUGACGGGGUGAACAAGAAGGGAAUCCAAUUCUACAGUGACUUCAUUGACGCCCUUCUGAAGAGUAACAUCACCCCCAUCGUGACCCUGCACCACUGGGAUCUCCCACAGCUGCUCCAGGUCAAGUAUGGCGGGUGGCAGAACGUGAGCACGGCCAACUACUUCAGUGAUUACGCCAGCCUAUGCUUCGAGGCCUUUGGGGACCGGGUGAAGCACUGGGUCACCUUCAGUGAUCCUCGGACAAUGGCAGAGAAAGGCUACGAGACGGGCCACCACGCACCUGGCCUGAAGCUCCAUGGCACGGGCCUGUACAAGGCAGCACAUCACGUCAUUAAGGCCCAUGCCCAAGCCUGGCACUCCUACAACAACACAUGGCGCAGCAAGCAGCAAGGUCUGGUGGGGAUUUCAUUAAACUGCGACUGGGGGGAACCUGUGGACAUUAGUAACCCCAAGGACACAGAGGCUGCCGAGAGAUACCUACAGUUCUGCCUGGGCUGGUUUGCCAACCCCAUUUACGCCGGUGACUACCCGCAAGUCAUGAAGGACCAUAUCGGAAGAAAGAGUGCAGAGCAAGGCCUGGAUAUGUCGAGGUUACCGGUGUUCUCACUCCAGGAAAAGAGCUACAUUAAAGGCACCUCUGAUUUCUUGGGAUUAGGUCAUUUUACGACUCGGUACAUCACAGAAAGGAACUACCCCUCUCGCCAGGGGCCCAGCUACCAGAACGAUCGUGACCUAGUUGAGCUGGUUGACCCAAACUGGCCUGAUCUGGGGUCUAAAUGGCUACAUUCUGUGCCAUGGGGAUUUAGGAGGCUUCUCAACUUUGCUCAGACUCAAUACGGCAAUCCACCCAUAUAUGUGACAGAAAAUGGAGCAUCUCAAAAAUUACACUGUACCCAAUUAUGUGAUGAGUGGAGAAUUCAAUACCUUAAAGGAUACACAAAUGAAAUGCUAAAAGCUAUCAAAGACGGUGCUAAUAUAAAAGGGUAUACUUCCUGGUCUCUGUUGGAUAAGUUUGAAUGGGAGAGAGGAUACUCAGAUAGAUAUGGAUUCUACUAUGUCGAUUUCAACAAGAAAAAUAGGCCGCGCUAUCCAAAGGCUUCAGUUGAAUAUUACAAGAAGAUUAUCACUGCCAAUGGGUUUCCCAAUCCUCGAGAGGUGGAAAGUUGGUACCUCAAAGCCUUGGAAACCUGCUCUAUCAACAACCAGAUGCUUGCUGCAGAGCCUUUUCUAAGUUACAUGCAGAUCAUGACGGAGAUCUUGGUACCUACAGUCUGCACCCUCUGUAUACUGAUCGCUGCAGUUCUCCUGAUGCUUCUGCUGCGGAGCCUGAGCUGAGACAGGGU